AUGCGUGCCGCUGACGUCAGAGCGAGCCCGCUCUUCUCUAGGAAUCCAGCAGGUCGGCACCUGCGGCGGGGAGCGCGCCCGCCCUUCACAAAGAACCCGGCGUGCCGCCACCUGCGGCGGGGGUGUGCCUUCUCUCUGCUGCGCCAGCUGCCACUCGUGCAGCUGCCGCCCAAGGAGAUGCAGCUGCCGCCCGAAGAGCUGGAGCUGCUAGAGCUGCCGCCCAAAGAUGUGCAGCUGCUGCUCGAAGAAUCGGAGAGGGGAGCGGGCGGCAGUGGUGUGGGCGUGAAAGGAGUGGCUGUGGAUUCGGAUCUGAAGCUCAUUGCGAUAGUCUUUCCACAGGUGAUGUGCGGUGCGAUGGGUUCCACGUGUGCACGGAGAAUGACCAGUUCUGGGGCGGGGCGUCAAUUUCACCAGGUGGAACAAAUAUGGACAUCUGUGCCUUCUGCUGCUUCUCCCCCGUUCCUGCUGCCUCCCCUUCCUGCUGCCUCCCCUUCCUGCUGCCUCCCCUUCCUGCUGCCUCCCCUUCCUGCUGCCUCCCCUUCCUGCUGCCUCCCCUUCCUGCUGCCUCCCCUUCCUGCUCCCUCCCCUUCCUGCUGCCUCCCCUUCCUGCUGCCUCCCCUUCCUGCUGCCUCCCCUUCCUGCUGCCUCCCCUUCCUGCUCCCUCCCCUUCCUGCUGCCUCCCCUUCCUGCUGCCUCCCCUUCCUGCUGCCUCCCCUUCCUGCUCCCUCCCAGUUCCACGCAUGCAGAGAGAACGAUGAGUUUUGGGGAGUCAAUUUCACCGAGUGGGACAACGUCAAACGAGCCUUCUUCCACCCCACCACCUUCCGCCCUGUCGCGCACCCCAUCGGCCCCGCAACUCCUCCCGAACCUCCCCAUACCGCUCUCCACUCCCUCUCUUCCCCCGUCCCAAACGCACUCUCGAUCUCGCACCCCCUCUCGCCCCUCUCCAGUGGUUACUAUAACUUCCUUUCCCGCUCCCACCGCCGCCGAACCUCAGCUCUGGCCCGAGCCUACGGGUUCCAUGGCCUGUAUCAGGCCGGCCUAUCCGAAGCUGCGGUGGCGUGCGAGUUUUGUCUGGAUGUGAGAUACUAUGUGGAUAUGGAUGGUGAGCUGUAUGAGGGGCUGGAAGGACGUGUGACAAGGGAGGGAGGACGCAUAGUGAAGCACUUUAUAGAGAAGGGGUUUCUGGGAGGGAAGCAAUUUAGGCUGAGGCGGAGGCGGAAGGGGGGAGUGCAGGGGGAAGCGGAGGUGAAAGGGCAGGGGGGACAGGGAAAAGUGAAUGGGGGGCAGGAGGGGGAGGCAGAUGGGGAGGAUGGAGAUGAUGAGGAGGGAGAUGGGGAGGGGGUUUGGGAAAGCGAAGCCGCUCAAUUGGCGGGGUACCAUGAGCUCAACUGCUUAUCCAAAGGCAUGGCUAUGAACAGGACUGGUGGUACCAGUAGUAGUGGUGCUGCUGCUGCUGCUGCUUCUGCUGCUGCUGGUAGUGCUGAUGAUGAUGUCGGGGCCACCAACGGUCAAGAAUCUGCCGCCGCCGCUCGCACGAAGAUCUCGACUGACCGUUUGAAGGCUGGCGGUGCUGUUUUGUCGGGAUUCGAUGGGGGAGGCGGGGGAGGGGAGGUGGAGGAGGUUGGGGAGGAGGUGGAAGAGGUGGAGGAGGUAGAAGAGGAGGUGGAUAUAUAUCCUAUGGAGGAUGAGCAGGCGUCAUUCCCUGCUGCCGUGACUGCAGCAGACGACCAUGCCACCACCACCAUUCUCACUCUUCGUGCCUGCAUGGAGGAGAAGGAUGCUGCCAUCAAGAAGCUGCAGUGCCACGUGUGCACGGCCUCCCACCCUGCCAACAUCCUUGCGCCUGAGACCACCGCUGAGCCAGCAGCGGUGGUGGCAGCGUUUGAGACAGUGCGGGAGGCAGAGGCGCAGGUGCAGGAGAAGCUGCUGGCAGCGCGGAGGAGGGAGGCCGCCAUGUUGAUUCGCCUGGCGGGCAGGGAGCAGGAGGUGGUUGCUGUCAAGGUGGGUGGGAGGGUCGGUGGGUGGGUGUGA